CCUCUUUUGACAACGGCCAACGUUCUAAAGUUGCAUCAUGGCGUCUUCAGAAGGUGCAGGCGUGACUACAGGUCAACCAAAUUUACACAAACAAGAUUUAUCUAAAUUGGAUGUUAAAAGAUUGACAGCUUUAUCUCCAGAAGUUAUAAGUAGACAAGCAACCAUUAAUAUUGGUACAAUUGGACAUGUAGCCCAUGGAAAGUCAACUGUGGUUAAAGCCAUAUCUGGGGUACAAACUGUCAGAUUUAAGAAUGAAUUGGAAAGGAAUAUUACCAUUAAGCUAGGUUAUGCUAACGCAAAAAUCUACAAAUGCGACAAUCCGAAAUGUCCCAGGCCCUCCUGCUUUAUUUCGGGCAGUUCUUCAAAGGACGACAGUUUCCCUUGUUUGCGUCCAGCAUGUUCGGGUAGAUUCCAAUUGGUCAGACAUGUCAGCUUUGUAGAUUGCCCCGGUCACGACAUUCUUAUGGCUACCAUGCUUAACGGAGCCGCUGUGAUGGACGCAGCAUUGUUAUUAAUUGCAGGAAACGAAUCAUGUCCUCAACCUCAAACUAGCGAACACUUGGCUGCUAUCGAGAUUAUGAAGUUGAAACACAUCCUUAUUCUUCAAAAUAAGAUCGAUUUGGUGAAGGAAGGACAAGCCAAGGAGCAACAUGAACAGAUCGUGAAAUUUGUCCAAGGAACUGUAGCCGAAGGAGCCCCUAUAAUUCCCAUAUCUGCCCAAUUGAAAUAUAACAUCGAGGUUUUGUGCGAAUAUAUCACUAAGAAAAUUCCAAUACCGAUGAGAGAUUUUACUUCUGAACCAAGGCUGAUCGUGAUCAGAUCUUUUGAUGUUAAUAAACCAGGUUGUGAAGUUAAUGAUUUAAAAGGAGGUGUAGCUGGUGGCAGUAUUUUAAGAGGGGUGUUGAAGGUGGGACAGGAAAUUGAAGUAAGACCUGGACUAGUUAGCAAAGACUCGGAAGGAAAGCUGGCCUGCCGACCAAUCUUCUCUAGAAUAGUAUCUCUAUAUACCGAACAAAACGAACUGCAAUUCGCAGUUCCAGGAGGACUCAUUGGUGUUGGUACCAAAAUCGAACCGACCCUUUGCAGAGCCGAUCGACUUGUAGGUCAAGUUUUGGGAGCAGUUGGUGCUCUACCUAGUAUCUUUACAGAACUUGAGGUAAGUUACUAUCUAUUGAAACGUUUGCUGGGAGUCCGUACAGAAGGCGACAAGAAAGGAGCCAAAGUCCAGAGAUUGACCCGAAGUGAAGUGCUCCUUGUGAACAUUGGAUCCCUCAGCACAGGAGGACGAGUUGUAGCCACUAAGGCCGAUUUGUGCAAGAUCGCUUUAACAAAUCCAGUAUGUACAGAGAUCGGUGAAAAGAUUGCACUCAGUAGACGUGUUGAAAAACAUUGGCGUCUCAUCGGAUGGGGUCAGAUCCGCGGAGGGGAAACAAUCGAGCCUACCACAAGCUAGGCUUUUCAUACUCGUACCGGUCUUUUCAGGACACUUUAAGCCAAUUUUUGUUUUCUAUUUAAUAUCGUUUUAUUAAAGAAGUGUUUACGUUUUGUUUAUAUCCUUUAGGUUGAUUUUUAUUACUGCUAUAGUGUACUGAAUAUCCGAUUCAAAUAUAUAAUGACUAGAAAA